AUGACAGACAACAAUCAGGGCUGCAAAAUCACUCUUUACUGGCUCGAGCAAUCCCGAAGCCAUCGCAUUCUCUGGCUGUUGGAGGAGCUGCAGCUCAAAUAUGAGCUCAAGACCUUCAAGCGGCGCGCCGACAAGCUGGCUCCCCCGGAGUUGAAGAAGGUGCACCCCCUAGGCAAGUCGCCAGUGAUCACUAUCGAAGCCCCCGGGUCCGACAAGCCCUUGGUGCUGGCCGAGUCGGGCGCCAUCGUGGAGUAUCUGGUUGACCAUUUUGGGGGUGUAAAAUCAACUCUGGUACCGGAGCGCUAUCAGGUGGGCCGCGAGGGCCAAGUUGGCGGGGAGCGCGAGGAGUGGAUGCGGUAUCGCUACUUCAUGCAUUACGUGGAAGGCACUUUGAUGCCCUACCUGGUGAUGACUCUCGUCAAUGAUAGUAGCCGUGCGCAAUUCCCCCCCUUCUUUGUCCGUCCGAUUACCAGUAUCGUGGCCUCACAGGUGGAAUCUGCGUUCCUGACGCGCAACAUCGAGGGAAAUCUUGCCUUUCUCGAGGAUCAGCUCAAGACGGCGCCCGAAGGAGGCCCAUUCCUGUGUGGCAAGGAGCUGACUGCCGCGGACAUCCUCAUGAGCUUUCCCGUGAUUGCGGCCAGCGGUCGCGUACUCAAGGAUAAGAAGGCCCAGGAUAAAUACCCUCUGCUGGCAGCCUACGCCCAACGACUGCAGGAGAUUGACGGCUACAAGAAAGCCGUCGCAAAAAUUGAGCAGAUCGAGGGCAAAUUCUCGGCUUCCAUGUGA